GCUAUUCGAUGCAAUUUUGAUACAUUGUACCAAGAAUUGUAAUACUUCAUUAUAAACGUACAAACAUCACUAUGGCUCGUUACACAGGGAAAAAAUGUCGUCUGUUGACGAUGUUAUGGCUCACUGCUCUAUUUUUCUUAGUAGAAAUAGUAGUGGGUUAUGUAACCAACUGUAUGGCAUUAAUAGCUGACAGUUUUCAUAUGUUGUCCGAUGUAGCAGCUUUGGUAGUUGCAUUUCUUUCCGUCAAGAUGUCACCAAAGAAAUGGUCUAAAAACACAUUUGGCUGGGCCAGGGCCGAAGUUUUGGGAGCUUUAGUAAAUGCCGUUUUUUUAGUCGCAUUAUGUUUCAGUAUUACCGUGGAAGCAUGUAAAAGAUUUAUUGAAGUAGAAGAAAUACACGAAGCUAAAUUGCUUGUGGUGGUUGGAGCACUUGGCUUGCUAGUGAACAUUAUUGGAUUGUGUCUGUUUCACGAACACAGAAGUUCUCACGCACAUUCGCACGGCAUAUCCCGAAGUCAUAACCGUUUGAGUACGUUAGUGGGAACAGAUGACAAUGAAAAUGAUGAAACUUAUAGGCCGUCGACACCUCAAGUAAAAAGGACACAUGGUCAUUCACACGAUGCAAGUCAAAUGAAUAUGCGCGGUGUAUUCCUUCAUGUACUCUCGGAUGCACUAGGAUCUGUGAUUGUAAUAGUGUCUGCUUUAAUUGUUUGGUUAACCAAAUGGAAAUACAGAUUUUACAUCGAUCCGGCUCUUUCACUUUUAUUAGUUAUUCUUAUUCUACGAUCUGUGUGGCCUUUAUUGCAAGAAUCUGCAUUGAUUCUAUUGCAGACUGUACCAACGCAUAUUCAGGUUGAUGCCAUUCAACAACGACUGUUGGAAAAUGUUGACGGCGUUCUGGCUGUACAUGAAUUUCACGUGUGGCAAUUAGCUGGUGAUCGUAUUAUCGCUUCAGCUCAUAUAAGAUGCAGAAAUUUGUCUGAAUACAUGAAAAUUGCAGAACAAGUUAAAGAAUUUUUUCACAAUGAAGGUAUACAUUCUACCACGAUACAGCCAGAGUUUAUUGAUUACCAUUCUAAUAGUGAAGUUAAGGAAACACCAACGGAAGAUUGUGUACUGGACUGUCCAAAGACUGAUAAGCCGUGUAAUCAUGCAACAUGUUGCGGUCCUUCCAAACAGGGUCGUGAAACUCCUUCACCAGGAGAAACACCAUACAUGUGCAGACAACGAAAUAGUCUUGCACGUUCAACUGGUUCAAUAGGGGGGACUGAACAUCAAGAAGUAAAUGAAAUGGAACGCGGACAUUUGUUAUCACUGCCCGCCUCGCAUCUCUCCGUCCAACUUCCACAUUCUCACGUUAAUACACCCGUUGCUUAAGUUAUCGUCGUAUUAUAAAUAUCUACCUCUGUAACAAAAUCUGC